AUGCCGUCAUUGUCGCCGAUGCUGUUGACGGCAGCGCUGCUAUCCGUCUCCUUCCUCGUUGGCACCUCACUGGCCGACGUAGACCCCAUCUUCUUCUACAGCAACAACUAUGACGUGUGUUCCUUCAAUAGAGUGACGAUCACCGAUACCAAUAACAGCCCCAGCAACAACUACUCGCUUUGCGCCUACCAACCCGACAAGAAAAUCAUCUUCAACUGCCCGGGUGACCCCAUCUGCUGGACAACAGGUCAGACAUGCAACACCAAGUCAGUGAAGUGCACCACCAACAUCAAUGGUCAGGAAUACAACUGGUGCUGCGAUGAGGCGCAGCAGUGCACCAAAACGACGGGCCAGAAAAACAUCUGCUGGAGCGGCUUCCAGAAUCCCGACAAAGGCCUCUCGGGCAGCGAACGGGCUUCGCGCGCAGAGGCAUCGCAUGUGGCAAUGAAUAGCGCGGCGAGCGAGAGUCUCUCAGCGUAUUCACGCACGGCUUCGCCAUCUUCAUCCGCCACUACCUCCGCCUCUGCCGCUGCUUCCGCUUCCGCUUCGACAACCGCAUCCGCCUCCACGUCCGCCGCAGCGAGCAGCAGCAACACCAGCUCCUCCACCGGCGGCAGCUCCGGCCUCAGCACGUCGGCCAAAGCCGGCAUCGGCGUAGGCGUCAGCCUUGGCGUUCUCGGCUUCGCCGCCCUGGGCGGCGGGAUUUUUCUCUGGCGGCGGAGCCGGAACCGGAACCGGAACCGGCGGCAAAGCGGGCCCGACGAAAGCGAGGAGAGCAAAAGCGAGCAGCAGGCAGCUGCUGCGGCGGCUGCGGCUCCUGCCGGCAGUGAUGCUGAUCCGAGCUAUUACGCUCCGCCGCCCGGCUAUCAUAAGCCGGAUGCACCGCUCUCGCCUAUGAGCCCCAUGACCGAGUUGCAGGGGCAGCAGAGGAUAGAGCUGUCGGGUGAGGAGAGGGUGGAGCUGCACGGGGAGUCGAGGGCCGAGCUUCCGGGCGGUGGGGUGACGAAGUAG